AUGUGUCGACUUUCUAUUGGCUGGUCAAUAUUGCGUACAGCGGAUGGUUUGCUGGUAUACCUAAUCACUGUCGAGAGUUGUAUAAGAAGGUGUCUUCCGCUCUUACUUGCACAGAAUUUGGAGGCGGACAAAUCGCGUUCACUGCUGUCAAGGUCUGAUCUCAAGGGUUUUGAAUCUUGA